AUGAUUCCGGUGUCGCUGGUGGUGGUAGUGGUGGGUGGCUGGACUGCAGUGUACCUGACCGACUUGGUGCUGAAGGUGAGGGCCUCGGGCCUAAGGCUCAAGCCCGCGGUGCCCAGGGCCGGAGCGGAAGGCCCUGCGUCGCCCCAGGCCUUCUUUUUUCUUCUCCUGCCUCGCGCCUCCCGGGCUGGAAGCCACGCGGCCGGUGCCCACGUGCGGCCUUCCGCGUGGCGCGUCGGCCCCGUGGAGAUUUAUGAAGUAGAUAUCUGCCGGAGGUUCAAUUUUGGAAUGGUGUUCGGUGUAAUUGCCAUGUUUAGCUCAUUUUUUCUCCUUGGGAAAACGCUGAUGCAGACUUUGGCACAAAUGAUGGCUGACUCCCCCUCUUCUUAUUCUUCCUCCUCUUCUUCUUCUUCCUCCUCAUCCUCUUCCUCUUCUUCCUCUUCUUCCUCCUCUUCCUCAUCCUCCUCCUCCUCUCUUCACAAUGAACAGGUGUUACAAGUUGUGGUUCCUGGUAUAAAUUUACCCGUCAAUCAACUGACCUAUUUCUUCGCUGCAGUUCUCAUUAGUGGUGUUGUACAUGAAAUUGGACAUGGGAUAGCAGCUAUUAGGGAACAAGUUCGAUUUAAUGGCUUCGGGAUUUUUCUCUUCAUUAUUUAUCCUGGAGCAUUUGUUGAUCUGUUCACCACUCAUUUGCAACUUAUAUCACCAGUCCAGCAGCUAAGGAUAUUUUGUGCAGGUAUCUGGCAUAAUUUUGUCCUUGCACUCUUGGGUAUUUUAGCUCUUGUUCUCCUCCCAGUAAUUCUCUUGCCAUUUUACUACACUGGAGUCGGAGUGCUUAUCACUGAAGUUGCUGAGGACUCACCUGCCAUUGGACCCAGAGGCCUUUUCGUGGGAGACCUUGUCACUCAUCUACAGGAUUGUCCUGUUACUAAUGUGCAAGAUUGGAAUGAAUGUCUAGAUACCAUCGCCUAUGAGCCCCAAAUUGGUUACUGUAUAAGUGCAUCAACUUUACAGCAGUUAAGCUUCCCAGUUAGAGCAUACAAACGGCUAGAUGGUUCCACUGAAUGCUGUAACAAUCACAGCCUCACAGAUGUGUGCUUUUCCUACAGAAAUAAUUUUAAUAAGCGUUUGCAUACAUGUCUACCUGCCCGGAAAGCACUUGAAGCCACCCAAGUUUGUAGAACCAAUAAAGAUUGUAAAAAAAGCUCAAGUUUCUGUAUAAUACCUUCUUUGGAAACUCACACUCGCUUAAUAAAAGUGAAACACCCACCUCAAAUCGAUAUGUUGUAUGUAGGACAUCCUCUGCAUCUUCACUACACAGUGAGCAUCACCAGUUUUAUCCCACGUUUCAACUUUCUCAGCAUAGAUCUGCCAGUGAUUGUGGAGACAUUUGUCAAGUACCUGAUUUCCCUCUCAGGAGCUCUGGCUAUUGUUAAUGCAGUGCCCUGCUUUGCUUUGGAUGGACAGUGGAUUUUAAACUCUUUUCUGGAUGCCACCCUUACCUCAGUGAUUGGAGACAACGAUGUCAAAGAUCUGAUAGGAUUUUUCAUCUUGCUUGGUGGCAGUGUACUUUUGGGUGCCAAUGUGACCCUGGGACUCUGGAUGGUUACAGCACGGUAAUAUUUGCACUCAUUUUACAGAAUCUCUGAAUUAUAAUAUACAGCUAUAUGGUAAUAUCCAUUGCCAUUGAAAUCCUUACUUGGUAUGAAAUAUAAAGUGUUUCCUUAAAAUUACAUCUUAGCCAACAACUUUGAGCUCCUCCUAUAUCCAGUGUACCCAAACUCUGUGGUGGGGGAUGAACAGAAGAAAUAAAAGGCAUAGUCUCUAACUACACUCUAGUUUUAAAGACUGAACAUACACUGAUGCUUGUGGAACAAUUUCUAAACAAGUGCAAAUUCAUGUAAUACCAUUUUGUGUGACUACAUAUCAUAUUGAGAGAGUAUAAAGGAGAACAGAAUUGGAUGAAAUUAAUUGGGAAAAACUUUUUGCAAAAGCAUCAUUAGUCAAGAUUUGAAGGAGACCAGACUUUGGCCAAGUGGAAGGGUCGCUGUUUUCUUGGCCUGUAUCUCUUGUCCUUUGUCUUGUUUGAAAAGUAUUUUAAAAGUUAAUGUAUAUUAUUUUUUACUCUGAAAACUGAGGUCUCAUUAUAAAUUAAAGUAAUAAAAUUUUAUAAAAGAAUCUGCUGACAUGAAAGGGAAAAAUCUUUGUCAAAUGAUGCCAAAUAAAUGAACAAAGUAGAAAGUAGGGCCUAUGAUUAUCAUGAGACAUGUUUUGCCCCACAAGAGUUGCCUCUUAUAAGGUGUCUCUGCCCCCUCAUAAAACAGUACUGGCCUUGACAUUCAGAGUGAGCUGCAGGAAGUGUCUCACACCAGCAGCAUGUGAGCUGAGGCAGUUAGGGUUGAACCUCAGAACUAAGCCAGGUCUUCUGACAGGCCACAAGACAGAUCACUGGAUCUUCAGCAGUCCUGGUGACCAUUCUCUAUAGAGCUUUGAAGCUUGGGAACCCUUCCAGAGCAGACAUUUUCUCUUGUGCUGCUGAGGCCAUCAGGGGCCUAGCUCCUGGGUUCCUGUCUUCAAGAAGCAAUGACCUUAAAUCCUGAGCCAUACUCUGUCCUUACCAGUGGCUCCCAUGUCUGUGUCAGGUGAUUAAAUACCUAGUCCUUGCUUUCCAUCUCUCCCCUAAGCUACCUCUUUGGGUCCAUGGAAGACUUGGUAGUACAGUGGGAGUGGCUACACAUGAGUACAAAGGUUGAUUUGCCAGAGCCUGGGAACUGACUCUUGAGCCCGAAAGAGCCACACCUGUUUCGGGGCCUUUUAGAGUGGAGACGCAGCCCUGGGAAAUUUGGGAAGUCAACAAGCCAGUUGGUCUUAGAAACUUGCUGUUUCUUUGAUUACAAAAAAUACAUGCUUCUCUCAGACUCAAGAAGGGAUAAAAGGCAAUAACUCGUUCACAGCCAUGUGUCCAACUUCUUCACUAAGUGGGGUAUUCCAUGGGGUUACCUUUUUCAGAUCAUUGAGUUGCUCUUUAAGCACUGAAACUUUUUAAUCAUCUUUAAGAAACUCUUUUUAGAUUGUAUUAUAAAUUUGUCUUCCUUCUUAAAGAGAAAUUAUAUACUGAAUAUAAUUUUAACAUUUUAUUAAUGACUUGAGUCAUCAGUUAAUACCAGUAAUAAAACCCUACAAAUUAUUAGUUUAUCCCAGAAAAUACAGCAUUUGUUCUGUUCUUAGGUAGACAGUCAUUCAGGAUCAAAGUAUAUUAGCAUAGUAAUGCUCAGACCUGUUCAGUAAUAGAGUUUGGGAAAUGCCAUUAAAUAAUUACAUAAUUGAUUUAAUUAUAUGAACUAAGCAAUUUGCUAAUGAAAAUAUUGUAUAUGUAAAGUCAGUUGUUUAAAAACUGAGAAAAAAAUUUUAAUAGAGGAAAUCCUAUCCAUUAAUUUCUUUUUCUGGGUAAAAAAAAAAAAAAAAACCCAAAUCUCAUUUUAUUUUAGCUGUUAAACACUUGGUCUGUUGAUCCAUAGGUUCAGGGUUUGGGAAUCACUCUAUUAGGAAAUUGAGCAGAUCAGCACCGUUUGUAUAGAAAUGGCCUCACUGUGUAAGAAAGGAAAUAUGUGUUAUCUUCUUUAGCUUGGUUGUGGGCACUUCUAGAGCAAGGACCAUGUCAUAUUCAUCUUUGCAUCCCUGGCACAGUGCAUGAGACAUCACAAGUACUUAAUAAAUGUGGUUGAAUGGAUAAUGGUUAGUAUUAUUUAUGGACUAGAAAAGCAUGUUUCUAUUUAAGUAAGCUGUAAAAAGUAUUACUGAAUAUUUACUGUAAAUAUAUGUUAACAUAAAAAAAAUAACUUGGAAGGUCCUCGUGUCCCUGGUGUAUUAUCAUCUUUAUGGAAAGAAUCCAUUUUGUUUUCUGUAGAGCGAUUAGAAAAAUGAGUUAUUUUGAAGAUUUGAAGAAAGUAUUCUUUCUGUGUUGUCACUUAGUUCAAUAGUAAAACUUUAUUCUCGGUUUUCCAACUCUGCAUUGUUUACAUUUUUGAGUUUUUUUUAAAAUCACCUACAAUCUGUAAAGAAUGUAUAUAUUCUUUUCAGCAUCUCAGUUUGAAAAGACAUGCAGUUAAACUUGACCUUUUGAUAAUCACUCUUAUAGGUCAUUGUCUGUUCUAACAGCAAGUUGUAAACAUGUGUUUCAUAGAUACUGUGGCUCUCAGUCAUCAUUUUGUCCUAUGGUAUUUAUUGAGUGUUCACAUACUAAUUAUGCACAGGUAUUUUUUUCUAUAAAUCCUUUGACUGUGCUGUAAUUCAUUCUUAAGCUUUACCUUGAAGAUAUCAUAAUUGCCAGCAUUUGAUGUUUAGCAAUAAAAGAAUAAAUGUAUACCAG